CAAAGAUGGCGGCCUCCUUAGUGGAGCAUGGAGAAGACGCUUUCAGAAAAUUGUUUAAGUUUUAUAAGCGGAGAAAUCCUCCCCCAGACUUCAGUGAGGUUAUUAAUUUCUACAAGCCUCUGAGUAACGACAAGGUUUUUACCUGUGAACUAACCUCAAGUCCUAUCAGUGAGGAAGAGGUUUUCAGAGUUGGUCUUAGGCCAGUAAAAGACUGGAAAGCCUUUGGUCUGCAUGGAUAUCCAGGGUUUAUCUUCAUAUCCAAUCCAUUUCUGCCUGGAUCUCAGCAGUACUGGGUUAAGCAGUGUCUGAAGAGCUAUCCACAGAAACACAACGUGUGUAACCUGGACAUGCAUAUGUCAUCUACAGAGACCGAGAACAUCUGGGAAAAAAGCAUAGAUGCUAUUCAGAGGAAAGGCUCUGUGAAAAGAGAACCCAAGACUCUGCUAGAAAAACUGCGCUGGGUGACUCUUGGAUACCACUAUGACUGGAACUCUAAGACUUACUCGCCAGGCCACUGCACUCCCUUCCCCAAAGACCUUCAAUUGCUGUCCCACAAAGUGGUUGAAGCUUGUGGCUUCCCUGGUUUUAAUGCAGAGGCGGGUAUUCUCAACUACUACCGAUCUGAUUCGUCACUCGGUAUCCAUGUUGACGAAUCAGAGCUUGACCACACCCGACCUUUGUUGUCUUUCAGUUUUGGACAGACUGCCGUCUUCCUUUUGGGUGGGGUAAAGCGGGAGGACCGCCCCACUGCCAUGUUCAUGCACAGUGGCGACAUAAUGGUGAUGUCUGGAGCCAGCCGUCUGCUGUAUCACGCAGUACCCUGCAUCGUUCCUCCACUCGCUGGAAAUAUUCUGCCAUCCUGCCUGGGCCAGAAACUAGAAAGGGAGCCGCAAAGUGAUGACAUCAUCCAAAGCGUAUCAGAAGAGGACUGGGAGGUUUGCUCCUGGUACUUGCAAACAUCUCGUGUUAAUGUGACAGUUAGACAAGUACUGGGUUCUGGUCAGACUUUCCCAAGUACAGAGAACCUGAGUUGGGUGGCAGACACAUCAACAGACAGGCAAUCCAAAAUCAGAAGAGGAAGAACCUCAAAAAAAUAAGAAGAGGAAAAGUGAAUCGGGUUAUGAGUGUGUCUGAUAACAUACAUGUAUGUGUUCUCUGUGGACAAUUGUGAAUUAUAUUUAUGUUUUUUUUAAGGAAUAGUUCACCCAAAUCAUUUACUCACCUUCAUGUUGUUCCAACACUGUAUGACUUUCUUUCUUCCAUAAAGCUCAAAGGGAGAUGUUAAGCAAAAUGUUAGCCUCAGUCACCAUUCAUUUUAUGGAAAUAAAAUCCAAUUAAAAUCAAUCUCCCUAACAUCAACUGUUUUGUUCUACAGAUGAAAAAACAAUCAUACGGGUUUGGAAUAACAUAAGGGUGAGAAAAUUAUUUUCACUUUUGGAUUAUCUAUCCCUUUAACUGUAUAAAAUGCACGGUGUUAAAUGUUGUGUAUAAAUCGAUGAAUAUUAAUAAAAGCAUUGUUAUUAAAGUCAACAUCAAACAGCCUUUCCAACUCAUUUUAUUUCUGUAAUGUUAAUGUAUUUCCAAUUGAAACAAAAAAAAAC